GCCGCCUUUCCGGGAGCGGGGCCUGAGCGCAGGCGAGGCCGGGCGGGAUGGAGGUGAAGGCGGGCGGCUCGGAGCGGCGGUGCCGGCCGGGCUCCGGGCUCUGAGGCCGCCGCCCCCCAUCCCCUCCCCCCCUGCGGCCUUGCGGGAGGGACUCUGGAGAGAGCGGGCGCGGGUGAGGCCGUGGCCGGGGUGGGGGCCGAGGCCGAGGCCCGGGCACCAUGCUCCGGCAGCUGCUCCACCGGGGCCUCCGGAGCGGCUUCUACCGCCUGGGCUUGCUGAUCGGUAACCACCCGGUGCUGUUCGCCUCCGCGCCGGUGCUGCUCUCCAUCUUGCUGGGCGCGAGCUUCAGCCGUUACCGGCUGCAGGACGACAUGGAGUACCUGUUCGCGCCGAGACACAGCCUCGCCAAGAUCGAGCGGAGCCUCGUCAACAGCCUCUUCCCGGUCAACCAGAGCAAGCAGCGGCUCUACUCGCACCUGCAGAGCCCCGGGCCGUACGGCCGCCUCCUCGUCACCCGCCGCAACGGGCACCGCAGCGGCGGCCGGAGGCCCGGGCCCGGGCCCGGGCACGGAGCCGGCAACGGCAACCUGCUGGAGCCGCGACACAUCCAGCUCAUCCUGCAGUUGCAUUCAUCUGUGACACGGAUUCAGGUGCCAAUGUUGGGCUUCAACUAUUCGUUUGCACACAUGUGCAUACUAAAAGACAACAAGAUGUGUGCCCUGGAUGAUAUUGUGUAUGUGCUGGAGGAGCUGAGGGCUGCAUGGACUGUCAACGGCACGGGGAUUGUCAUCAACUACCCAAAUACCUACCUUAAAGAUGGCCAGGAGGUGUUUAUCGGGCACCAGCUUGGAGGUGUUACUCUGCAGAACAAGAACCGGGUGAAAUCUGCUCGCGCGAUACAGAUUACCUAUUACCUGCAAACACGCAACUCCUUGAAUGAUUUGGUGGCGGAAAAAUGGGAAUCGGCUUUCUGCAAAACCAUCGAGAAUUUCCAAAAAUCUCACAAGGAGCUGAAACUCUAUCCGUUUACAUCGUCUUCGCUGAAGGAAGAUUUUCAAAAGAGUAGCCAGGUUUCAGAGUGGUACCUGGUGACUAGCCUGCUGGUGGUUUGGCUACUGGCCAUGCUGUGCUGUUCCAUGCAAGACUGUGUUCGUAGCAAGCCGUGGCUUGGACUCCUUGGCUUAGUGACAAUGGCACUGGCCACCCUCACAUCAGCAGGGAUUAUCAACUUGAUGGGAGGGAAGUACAACUCUACCUUUCUGGGAAUUCCGUUCAUUAUAUUAGGACAUGGACUCUACGGCAUGUUUGAAAUGCUCUCAUCGUGGAGGGAGACCAUGGAGGAUCAGCAUGUGAAGGAGAGGAUUGCCAAUGUGUAUGCUGACACCAUGCUGCCCAUUACACUCACCACUGCCAUGUACAUGGUGACCUUUGGCAUUGGCGCCAGUCCCUUCACCAAUAUAGAAGCAGUGAAGGAGUUCUGUGUGAACACAUGCAUAUCCGUGCUUUUUAACUACCUCUACCUGAUGGCAUUCUAUGGCUCCAAUCUGGUCUUCACUGGUUACUUAGAAAAUAAUUACCAGCACAGUCUCUUUUGUAGAAAAGUGCCCAAACCAGAUGAUCUGCAAGCAAAACCAGCCUGGUAUCGGUUUAUCAUGAUGUCCAAGUUCAGUGAGGAGGCAGCCAGCUCAAACGACACAAGCCCCUAUGAAAGUCAGUUCCUGCUUUGGUUUCUGAAGCAGUAUUAUUGUGAUUGGAUUACAAACACUUACGUCAAGCCUUUUGUGGUUUUGUUUUAUCUGGUUUAUAUCUCCUUUGCCUUAAUGGGCUACCUGCAGAUCAGUGAAGGUCUGGACCUCAGCAAUGUGGUGGCCACUGAGUCUCGAACUGUCUCGUAUAGCACCGUCCAGCAGAGAUACUUCAGUAGCUAUAGCCCCGUCAUUGGCUUUUAUAUUUAUGAACCCAUUGAAUACUGGAAUGCCAGCGUCCAGGAGGAUUUGUUAGAAAUCACCGGGGGCUUUGUCAGAAUUUCUUGGUUCGAAACGUAUUUGAAUUACCUUAAAAAAUUGAAUGUUACCCCUCCAGUGUCUCGCAGCUACUUCCUAGAGACCCUGCGGAAUUCCUUCCUAAAGACGCCACAGUAUUCCCAAUUCUCCGAUGAUAUCAUACUGGUGAGGAAGGUCAACAACGAGCUGGAGGUGGUGGCCUCACGCAUGUAUCUCGUGGCCAAGACAGCAGAGAACACCAGGGAAGAGAUUUAUGAUCUGCUGGAGACACUGAGGAAACUGUCCCUGACCUACAAGGUGAAAUUUAUGAUUUUCAACCCGUCGUUUAUAUACAUGGACCGGUAUGCUUCAUCGGUGGGAGCUCCUCUGCAGAACUCGUGCAUCAGUGCUCUGUUUGUCCUCUUCUUCUCCGGCUUCUUGGUGGUGAACCCUCUGCUGAACGUCUGGCUCAGUCUGACCGUGGCCUCAGUGGAGUUUGGAGUCGCUGGCUUUAUGAGCCUGUGGGAUGUAGAACUGGACUGUAUCUCCGUCCUCUGCUUAAUUUACGGGAUAAACUACACCAUCGACAACUGUGCACCGUUCCUAUCGACGUUUGUCCUGGGUAAAGACCUGACAAGGACGAAGUGGGUUAAGAAUGCUUUGGAACUGCAUGGAGUGGCCAUUUUGCAGAGCAACUUUUGCUACAUGGUAAAAUUAAAUAUCAAUUUGAACCUUGCACAGGAAGAUCAUUGGAUUAUUGAAUGAUUCAGAAUGAAAGCUGUCCACUUGGCCUGUCAUGACUAUGCCAGCUCUUUGAAAGAGCUAUCUAAUUAAUCGCACUUCCCUGGCCUUUUCCUAAAGUCCCUUCAAAUGGUUACUGUUCAGACCUUUUUCCAACUCCUCUUUGUUGUUAAACCUGCUUCCACUACCUUUCAAGGCAGUACUUUCCUCAUCACUGUAACUUGCUGAGUUAAACAAUUUUUUUUCCACUCCCUUCCUGCUUUGUGUGCCCAUUGUCUUAAACCUGUGUCCUCCUGCCCUUCCUGCUAAUUAUUUACCCUGUUCAAUUUUAAGGUAAAGUAUGAAUGCCCAUUCAAAAAAAAAAGCAAAACAGGGGCUAAUACAAGGCUCGACAAUGGGUCUUUUAUUGAAGAACACCCUGCCCACUCCUCCCUCGUCCUCUUCUCCCCAAGUUUGGUCUGAACUGCCCAGUGAUCUAGUCUCAGGCUAUGGUCAGACCUGAAACCUGGCUCAGGUUCCUCUCUUCAGCUGGCAGAGACUGGAUGGACUGUAAAAUGAAUGGGACACUUUGCCGUUUUGCUGUCGGCCCUCAGGGCUCCUAGAAGAGCGAUUGGAGAGAGCCCUUGUCUGAUAAUUUACCAGCAGUGUGCAAGGUGAUUUCCCCCUUAGGUGAUGUCACUUCAAGGAGGCAGGCACUUUAACUUCCAACCUAUUCUCAAGCAAAUUCGAUUGUUCGCUAAAUGUAUCUUACCUCAUUCUCCUGCUCAUCGCUGCAAGCACACCUCAAGAAGCAAGGAAUGUCUGUCCUGGAUUUGAGACGGUAUACAGAUUGAGGAGAAAUCCCGAGACAGUAUUCAGUCUAGAUUCUCAGUUUUGCACAGGCCUCAUGCCGAUACUUCUCUUUUUAGUUGAGCUGACAUUUCAUUGGCAAGGAAUCCUCUCGUGGGUCAAUGCAAAUUGUAUUUGGCACCAAUCAUGAACAAAGCACAGCUGGUGAUUACUGAUCAAUGUUACACACUGGCCUCCUUAGCAACCUGCUGAAUAUUUUUACUAAAGAGUAAACGUGAAUGAUGUACUUCACAAUGCUGCUAGGAACGUACAGGGUGACUUUUAUAUCUCCAAGAACUGUCCAUGUAAAAAGGCAGAUGAUGCAGCUGCUAUCCCAUGAACACAACGAAGGCACGAAACACUACUGAAAAUGACUGUUUGUAAACUUGAGCCAGAACUACAGGGUAGGCUGUCCCAAAAGCAGCUACUUCAAGUUGCAUGUAGUAACCACUGGGUAAUUUAUUAGAUUUUCUUCCUGCUUGUUAGUAUAUUUAUGCAGAAAAUGAGAGUUGAUGUGAGGACCCUUAAUGCUUUUUGUAAAAGUACAAAGAUGUUCCACAAUUGUCUUUUGAUUUUACGAGGAUUUGAUUUCAUCACCGUGUAAACUAUAAAGGCUUCACAAUGACCAAUGCAGCAUGUUAGAAGAUAAGGAAAUGCUGCAAGUGAACAGCUCUUGAUGAGACCAUUUCUCCUUCAGUGAUGAAAUCUAAUUUCUUUUUAAGGAGAUAGCACUUUUUUGCCUAUGAUUGCAUUAUUUUGGCAACAUUCCCCAAAUAACCAUAUAGUCCUGGCAACUUCCACUUUUUGCUAAUCCGGGUGGCUGUCUGUUCCCUGAAGAGAAAGUGAGGACUGCAGAUGCUGGAGAUCAGAGCUGAAAAUGUGUUGCUGGAAAAGCGCAGCAGGUCAGGCAGCAUCCAAGGAACAGGAGA